AUGACGUCAGCCUCGUCAUCCGGCAUGCAUCUCAACCACCCAGACUCACCGGGCAUCAGUGGCCCACAAGCGAAAAACGAGCAUUCACAAGCCCAAGAUCAUACGCUACAAGAUGAGAACCGAGACUUGACGUUCUUUUCUUUCAUGGAUCUGCCGCCCGAACUGCGGUCGCUCAUUUGGGAGCGCGCCUUACCCGACCGCCGCAUAAUUUACAUUACCGUCUUAGAUACACCAGCGACCUGCUUGAACCCCAAGAGGAUUCUCUUCUGCUUGGCCCGCCCGCCGGCUAUCCUCCAUGCAUGCCGAGAAUCCCGCGACGUGGCUCUCACUUGCUUCCAGCUUUUCUUCAACACGCGGUUUACCUCCAUCGAUGGGAGCUUCGAGAUCGAGCUGAUAUCGAGGCCCAUAUACUUGCGUCCUAAGAUCGACAUUCUGUAUUUCGACACCAUGGACUGCUUUAGCUUCGCACAGAGGUACCCUGAAAUACAUCAAGUAACGUCGUUCGCUAUCCGCUACAACGAUAUACCUAUCGUCUUGCCAGACGUUAGGAAGCUUUUGGUGGUAACAUCCACGGAAGGAGAAUUAUGGCCAGAUAGGGCUCGUGGAAUCGUCGAGCUGUCGCCGGACUCCCAUGGCGGCCCGGAGGCGUUGGAAUGGGCGGAGAUUUACGCUGAAGCGAGCCGUAUUAACGACUGCGUUUCUAGUAUACAGCACGUCGAACCCAUCGUCCUCCGGAAGUCUGUUCAUGCAUAUUCCUACUUUGAUUGA